AUUGCAAAUUAAGGGCUUUAUUUGGGUAUUUUACGUAUUUUAUUAUGGAACAUAAUAGUUGUGGAGCGUUUUAUAAGGAUGCCCGUUUAAAUGGUUUUAACAAUGUUAAUCAUGAAAUUGGAUCAAAAAAUAUAUAUAAUGAGAGUCUAUCUUCUAUGAAUAAGUCUAAAGGAGCAGCUUAUAAUAAUAUAUAUGGAAAACAAGAGGGUUAUAUGAGUUCUAAUAGAUCAUCAAAAUCAGAUACAAAGUCUAUGAAAAGACAAUGGGAUUCGAGUUCUUUGCCGAAAUUUGAGAAGAAUUUUUAUAAACCCCAUCCAAAUAUUGAAAAAAUGACAGAUCAAGAGGUUGAAGCGUUUAGGAAAAAAAGGGGAGUUACAGUUCAAGGAAUAAAUGUUCCUAGACCGGUUCCAUCAUUUGAUGAAGCGGGAUUUCCAAGCUAUGUUAUUAAUGAAGUGAAACGUAUGGGAUUUUCAUCACCAACACCGAUUCAAUCACAAGGAUGGCCUAUGGCACUUUCAGGCCGAGAUGUUGUAGGGAUUUCAGCUACAGGAUCAGGAAAAACGUUGGCAUUUUGUCUUCCAGCAAUUGUACACAUUAAUGCACAGCCUUUAUUAUCACGUGGCGAUGGACCUAUUGUUUUAGUUCUUGCGCCAACUCGUGAAUUAGCAGUUCAAAUCCAAACAGAAUGUGCAAAGUACGGAAAAUCAUCACGAAUUAGGUCAGCUUGUAUUUAUGGAGGUGUUCCUCGUGGACCUCAAAUACGAGAACUUGCCUCAGGAAUUGAAAUAUGUAUUGCUACGCCGGGUCGUCUUCUUGAUAUGUUAGAAUCAGGAAAAACAAAUCUUCGACGAGUUACAUAUCUCGUUUUAGACGAAGCAGAUAGAAUGCUUGAUAUGGGAUUUGAGCCUCAAAUUCGAAAAAUUGUAGAUCAGAUACGACCAGAUCGUCAAACAUUAAUGUGGUCUGCAACAUGGCCAAAAGAUGUACAAAAACUAGCUCAUGAUUAUUUAAAAGAUUUUAUUCAGGUUAAUGUUGGUUCUUUAGAUCUUAAUGUAAAUUUGGAUAUCAAACAAAUUGUUGAAAUAUGUUCUGAAUAUGAUAAACGUGGAAAAUUGAUUAAACAUCUAGAAAGUGCUAUGGAAGAUAAUGAGAAUAGAAUAUUGAUUUUUGUUUCGACUAAACGAAUUGCUGAUGAUAUCACAAAAUAUUUGCGGCAAGAUGGUUGGCCUGCACUAGCAAUUCAUGGCGAUAAACAGCAAAGUGAACGGGACUGGGUUUUAAAUGAAUUUAAAACAGGAAAAUCUCCUAUUAUGGUUGCAACUGAUGUAGCAUCACGUGGUAUUGAUAUUAAAGAUGUUAAAUAUGUUAUUAAUUAUGAUUAUCCGAAUAGUUCUGAGGAUUAUAUUCAUAGAAUUGGUCGCACGGGUAGAGCAGGUGCUAAAGGAACUGCAGUAACUCUUUUCACUACAGAUAAUGCAAGACAGGCUCGUGAUCUUUUAAUGGUUUUACGAGAUUCUAAACAGGAAAUUCCUCCUGCCUUAAUAGAAAUGUCCAAAAUUAAUUAUGGUAAUAAUAAAUAUAUUGGUAACAAUCGAGGACGUAACGUUUGGACUGGGUCAAAUAGUGCACCUUUAAAUCCUAUUAGAAGAUGGUAGCCACUUGAAUAUUAAACCAUACACUUGGUACUUAAUUAAAUAUUUA